CUGUCCUACUCCGCCCUUCGGCGGGUAUCAAGUACCAGAUCAUCUUUCACUUUCGGGUUACUGUUGUUGAGAGAUGGCGCCGAUUCCGAAGACUGUGGGGCGGAUAAAGCUAGACUGUCCUCUGCGGUCUGGCUGUCCGCUGGAGGUCGCUGCUGUCCCCAAACUCUGCAAGGAAUUCGGUCCUGAAGACUACGGCGCAGAGGACAUAGUGGAUUUUCUUCGACGGCUUGUGGAGAGUGAUCCCCAGGGCCUGCACCGGAUCCAUGUGGAUGGGAGCAGCGGGCGGCUGCAGCUGUGGCACCAUGGUGGGGCGUGCAGGGGCCGGGCCCAGGGAUCGAGGCUGGUACCCUGGGGAGGGCUGGCCCUCAGAUACUCCUCUCUCUCAUGUUCCUUUUUCUUUCCCUUUUCCUUAUCCCUCCUGACAGAUGACCUCCUGGACCAUUUCUGUGAUGAGGCUAAAACACCUGGACAGAGUGACAGAGACAAAGGGGCCGAGGGACUGGGCACCUACUGUGGUCUCCGAAAGUCCUUCCUGUAUCCUCCCCAAGGGUUUGAGCCCUGUGAGCCCUGCCCUCAUAGCCCCUCUGCCUCUGCAUCUGCCUCCGGUGGCUCAGACAGCCUACUUGAGGUGGCCAUACCCCAGAAGCUCCUGCUGACUGAAGAGGAAGCCAACCACCUGGCUGAGGAGCUGGUGGCUGAGGAGGAGCGCCUGAAACAGAAAGCAGAGAAGAAACGACUCAAGAAGAAGCGUCAAAAGGAUCGCAGGCGACAGGAACGCUUGGAGCAGGAGGGUGGGGAGCCCAAGCUCAAGGCCACCCCAGAUAGAGAUGGGAGCCCUCCAUCUAGCCCCGGGAACCCUGCUCAGGGACAGUGUGGUGAGGAAGAGGACUUACUGGAUCUAUCUAGCACUUUCGUGUCUCUGGCUUUGCGCAAGGUUGGGGAUUGGCCCCCCAGUGCCCGCAGAGACAAGGGACUGAGCCAGGAGCCCCGAGGCAAAAGUCUGGGCCCCCAAGAGAAGAUGGGCCAGGAGGAAGGGAGCUCUCCAAUAGAAGAAAGGCCCAGGCAGACCCCUAAGGCAGAGGCAUCUCCAGGACUACCGGCAGCUGCCUUACAGCAGAGCCAGGAGCUGGCAAAGCUGGGUACCAGCUUGGCCCAAAAUGGUUUCUACCACAAGGCUGUGUUUCUUUUUACCGAGGCCUUGAAGCUCAACCCUCGGGAUCAUCGGUUAUUUGGAAACCGCUCUUUCUGCCAUGAACGGCUGGGUCAACCAAUGUGGGCCCUGGCUGAUGCCCAGGUGGCCCUUACUCUGCAACCUGGCUGGCCCCGAGGCCUCUUCCGCCUGGGCAAGGCCUUGAUGGGACUGCAGCGUUUUGAAGAGGCAGCUGCUGUGUUCCAGGAGACUCUGAGAGGCGGCUCCCAGCCUGACGCAGCCCGGGAGCUCCACUCUUGCCUUCUGCACCUCGCCCUGCAGAAUCAACGAGGAGGAAUCCGGAUGCCACAUCUGACAACUGGGUUCCCGCAACCAUUUUCCCAUGCUGAGCCGGGCACCAUAAGCCUCCCGUCUGUCAGUCGCCCUCCAAGCACUGCUCCAAGAGCUCCUGGCCUUCUGUCUCUACCCUUGCGUUUUCCCCCAUGUCAUCUGAGCCACCCCAACUGGACCCUGCCCCAAAUUCAGACUAGAAGACCGCACCCUCUCCAGGACCCCUCAAAGGGCUCUGGUGUGCUAGGACUUGGGCCCCAGCAUCUACCUCAGGCCAGAUGACAGAGGACCUGUCCCUCAUAGGGCAAGGCCAUGUGUGUAUCCCACAGUUCACUGCAUAUUUUGAGACCUUGUACUCUAAAACCAUAAUUAAAGACACCCCUGGUUGUCAUUCCUUUUGCCACAGAGACCGGAUGACAGAAAGGAGCCCCAUGACCACUGAAACAACCUUUCUUUGGUUUUAAAGCAGAUGGCUUCCUCUGGGAGCAGUAAGGAAAAAUAAAACCCACCAAGGCUAAGGAGGGAACUGUACAAAAGUUAGGUUUUCAGACUAUAACAGACCCCACAGGGAGCAUAUGGGGCUUGCUCUGCUUCUUGGCCCCGGGGGACUCAUUCACCAACCAGAGCUCUAUGCUCAGGAACAGGGCCACGAUGAUGAAUGAGGCCUAAGUCCCACCCUUCACCUUGAUAGAUGCUCACAUCUUCCUGAGCCCAGCUCUUACCCUGUUUCUUCUAGCCCCAGCCACUCAUGCCUUGUUUUCUGUCAUUUGAUGCACAUUCUGACCUCUCCUUUGCCCAAUAGUCUCAACUCCUCCAACUGCUAGAAGAUUCACUGGGGUUUGCAUUUGGGAAGUCCCUCACCAGCUCCUGCUUGGAGUUGGCAGGGUUCAUAACAUCACAUCUUCCCACUGCUGACUGUCCUGCUGAUGGGGCAUCAUCAAGCACCCAGGGAGCUGCUACCUUGGCCAUGCUCUUUUUCUGUUCCAGCACUGGGUAUUGGAAUGAGCCUUCCCCCAUGUGAAUUUAUGCAGUUUUCCCACCAAGAGUUACUGCCCCCCAAAGAAGGCCAUAAUUCCCUACUUCUUGUGUAAGAAUCAAGGUCUUUUGGUUCUCUACGAUCCUGGCAGCCCCUGGCUGCUUCCUCCCUAGUCUUGCCUGGGACUCUCAGCUCAUUGAAAUAUGGAUCUGUGGGGGACUUUUAAGCCUUCCAGAAUGCCUUGCCUGGGAGAACCAUUUGCCAGGAUACAUGAUUCUUGCUGCCUUAUGGUCUUGCUCAACAACAUUCACACCUGUAUAGGAGGUGUUGAAACACACCUCCUUUCUACAGGGCUUUCCCGAAUUCUUUUUGUUUAUUGAGCAGGCUCCUUGAAUAUAUCAGAAUGAAGUCUGCCAUUGCUAGCUGGGUCACCUUGGGUCAUCUGCCUCAGUUCCCUCAUCUGUAAAAUGGGGGCAGUCCCUACCCCACAGGGCUUUUGUGAGGAGUGGAAGUAAAAGUGUGAGAAAAUACCUACAAAGUGCCUGGUACAUAAAGGGUGUUAAAUAAACUGAUUUUUUAUCUGCAA